AUGGCUUCCACAGAACCAGCACAGCUGCCCCCAGCGGCCGAGCGUCAAUCCGAGUUUGAACAAGCCGUCGCAUACGCUCUUCACCUUUGGCCUGCCCUGAGACUCUCCGUCCAAGAGGGCUGGGGUGGUCCCGACUCUGCCGACAAGCGUGAUUGGUUUGCCGGCGCCGUUGUCGAGCUCUUCCCCGAAUACACCGAUACGCCCCCCAAGAAUGGAAAGGCCCCUGAGGAUCCCGAUCUGGAGGAGGUAGAGACUGUCCUGCUACAGGUCAUGAUUGACGAGUUCGAGGUCAACGUCGACGAUGAUUCAGGCACUGAAGUAGCCAACAACAUUCUCCGUGCUCGCGCGAGCUGCACCCUUGGUACUUUCGACGAGGUUAAGGCCCUGCGCACACGCUGGUCGAACCUCAGUGGAACAAAGGUUGAUAAGAUCUUCAAGAAGGCCGACGACGCCGACCAAGACACGGACUGGGAAAGCGACGACUCCGGCGAUGAUGGAGAGGGUGGUGCUGAUGUUGAGAUGGAUGAGGCUCCCCCUCUGGUAGCAGCGCCCAAGGAGAAGCCCCAACCUCAAGUCGACGAGGAUGGCUUUACUAUGGUCACCAAGAAGAAAUAA